GACUAAACCAAGGUUUUCCAGGGCGACCCAGAUAGGGCUCUGUUUUUCUCCCAAAUUACCACCCGCUGCCAUUCGCCAUUCUUCCCUUUCUUCGUCUUCUGCUUACUGGGUAUUAAAUGUUCGACCCCUAAAACCGAAAGCCCUCUUUGCUUUUCCCUUCUCCUUCUCCCUCUCCAGUCUCCACCCCUUUUAAUAGAAAAAGACGGGAUUUUUCUCUCUUUUUCUGUCACUUUCCCGAGUAAAUUUCAGAUAGAGAGUGGGCUGCGGUGUGGGGUUUUCAUCCGUGGGGGGAUUCUUCUUUAAUUCGUUAGCCGGGGAAUGGCUGAGAAUGGGCCUCUGCCGGACCAUCUCCGGUGCAAGCGGACGGACGGGCGGCGGUGGCGGUGCGGUCGGAAGGUGCUGCCGGGGAAGAAGCUCUGCGAAAUUCACCACCUCCAAGGGAAGCAUCGCCAGCACAAGUGGAAAGUCCCCGAGUCGCUCAAGAUACAGAGAGAGUACAAGAACCGCAACAAAAUCAGCAAUGGCGCUCGAGUUAGGUUACAGAAGGAGGAGGCCGACGUCGUUUUGUCGAAAUUGGGGCAGAAGAGGAAGAAAUCGGAGGGGUUUGAAGAGGUAGUGAAGAUGAAGAAGAAGAAGAAGAUGAAGAAGAAGGUUAAGGCCAAGAAGAACACGCUGCAAUUUGAGCUGAUUCGAAUGGUGCUGAAGAGAGAAGUCGAGAAGCGGAAAGGGCAGAGUACCAGCAAUAAGAAACCCAACUCUAAGAGUAAGAGUGGUAGCAGUGACAAUAACGGUGGGGAAGAAGGGGAAGAAGACGAUGAAGAUGAAGAGCCAGAGUUGAUGAGAGAUUUGCCUAAUGGGUUCAUGGCUAUAUCUCCAGUUAAGCAUUUCAACAAUGUGGGUUCUUGUUCAGCUUCAGCAGCUUCCUGCGACGUUAAAAUUGGAUCGGAUUCGAGUUCUGGGAUACGGUUUCGGUCUAAGAACCUCGAGCCAUUGCCCAUUGGAGCUGCCCUGCAGGUUAAGGAUAUGGUGGAAUUGAGGAGAGGGAAGAAGAAGCAGAAGUGCCACUGGUGUAGGAAGAAUGGGCUGAGUAGUACUUUGAUUCAAUGUUCCAGUUGUAGUAAGGAGUUCUUCUGUACGGAUUGCAUCAAAGAUCGGUACUUUGAUGAGCAAGAAGAAGUUCAGAAUGCUUGUCCAGUUUGCCGUGGGACUUGUGGGUGUAAACCAUGCUUGGCUGGCCGAUUUAAGGACAGUGACUGUGAGGAGUAUUCUAAUGGUGGAAGACAGGUGAAUAAGGUUUUGCACUUCCAUUACAUGAUCUGUAUGCUUCUUCCAGUGCUGAAACAAAUGAAUCGAGAUCUUGUUUCUGAAAUCGACACGGAGGCGAAAAUGAAAGGUCUAAAACCUUCCGAGGUUCAAAUCGAGCUGGCUAAAGUAAGCAGCAACCAACGUUCGUGCAAUAAGUGCAAGGCUUCGAUUGUGGAUUUCCACAGAAGCUGCCAAAUUUGCUCCUACAACCUCUGCUUAAGAUGUUGUCGAGAUGUUUUCCAGGGGAUAGUAUGUGGGAAUGUCGAUGUGCUUGUAUCUAAAUGCCCCACAAGAAGGAAAACUUUCAUAUCUGGCAAACAACAAUGCGAGGUGAUAUCUGCUUUCACAUCAAAGAAGAGAUUACCUGGUAGAUGUCCCAGUAAUCGAAAAGCUUUCAAUGGUUGUGUUGGUAUACCUUGUCCGUCUUCUGAGUUUGGUGGUUGUGGCGAUAGCCUUCUAGAUUUGAGCUCUCUUUUCCCAUUGAGUUGGGCCAAGGAGCUGGAAACCAGUGCAGAAGAGCUUAUUGGCUGCUACGAGUUGCCCGAGACCUUAGAUAUCAAUUCCAGCUGUUCGUUAUGUACUGAGAGUGACCUGGAUACUGAUGAGAUAAGGCAGUCACAAGAAGCCUCUGCAAGAGAAGAUUCACAAGACAACCUGUUAUACUGUCCUACUGCAGCAGAGAUUCACGGUGAUAACCUUGAACACUUCCAGAAACACUGGGGCAAAGGUCAGCCUGUAAAAGUCCGCAAUGUGCUUCUGGGUACAUCUGAUCUUAGCUGGGAUCCAAUUGUCAUGUUCUGCACUUAUCUCAAGAACAAUGCUAACACACCCGGAAACACACAGGCUACUGAUUCUUUGGACCACUUUGAGGUGGAAAUCGGUGUGCGGCAGUUAUUCAUGGGAUCAAUAAGGGGACCGAAAAAAGCCAAUAUGUGGCACGAGGACCUAAAGUUGAAAGGAUGGCUUUCUUCUCAAGUAAUCCAAGAACAUCUUCCAGCUCAUUUCUCUGAAAUCCUUCAUGCUCUACCUCUCCCAGAAUAUAUGGACCCAGCUUCUGGCCUCUUGAACGUAGCAGCAGAGUUGCCCCAGGAGAUCUCAAAACCCGAUUUGGGUCCUUCCAUCUACAUUUCGUACAAUAGUGGGAAUGAUAUCGUAAGAGCUGAUUCAGUAUCGAAAUUGCGCUAUGAUACCUAUGAUGUGGUUAACGUUCUGGUGCAUGCAACCGAUGCACCCGUCUCAACAGAACAACUUAACUAUAUCCGCAAGCUGAUGAAGAAGAACAAGGAAGAGAACCGGGCAAAUGGAGGAAGCAUCGAAGAAUUGGGAUUGCAUGAUUUGGUAGAGGAAGAAGUUCAGUUGCACAAGAAAGUUGCUCGAGUCUCUUGGUUCUCUGCUGCUGCUGCUGCUGCACAACAUGAAGCCUGUGAUGAGAAACCUGAGGCAGCUUUCCACAAUAAUGGAGCGUGUUCAGACACCGAUUCCGACACCGAUACAGAUACUGAUACCGAUACUGAAGUCUCAAAGUUCUUCUUUGGUCCAGUCAAAGGGUCAAGGACUUCAGACCACCGACCAUCCAGAAUAAAGCACACGGAAACAACCUCGGAUGAAGAAUUUGUAUCCGAGAAACAUGAAGAGUCGUGUGGUGUCCUGUGGGAUGUCUUUCGUCGACAGGAUGUUCCUAAGCUUGUUGAGUAUCUACGACUACACUCGAAGGAAUUUGUUGAGACAUAUGGUUCCAGAAAGCCGGUUACUCAUCCGAUACAUGAUCAAAUCUUCUUUCUUGAUGCGGUGCAUAAACGAAGGCUCAAGGAAGAAUUUGAGAUCGAGCCAUGGUCAUUCGAGCAACACGUGGGAGAAGCUGUCAUUGUUCCAGCUGGAUGUCCUUACCAGAUUAGGAAUCUCAAGUCUUGUGUAAAUAUAGUGCUGGACUUUGUAUCUCCUGAAAGUGUGGUGCAGUCCAUGCAGUUGAUCGACGAGCUCCGUCUGCUUCCAGAUAAGCACAAGGCCAGAGCUGAUUCUCUUGAGGUGAAGCAAAUGGCCAUCCAUGGUGUCAGUAGAGCAAUUAAAGAGAUACGCGACCUUACUUCUUGAGAUACGCGACCUAACAUUGUGAGAUGCAACUUUCGGAAUGCAUCUUCAUCCAGUUCUUUGAGUUUUGCUACCACAGAUGAACUACUCCCAUCAAUGAAUAAGACUCAACGGGCUGUGCAAGCUCAAUUGUUGGAGAGGCGUGGAAGAAAUUGAUUGGCUUCUGCAGCAGAGUAUAGGCAUAUAUGUACAAUGGUUGUAAGAUUUCAUGGGGUUCAUAAUCUGCAAUUGGAGAGAAGAUGGAAGGGAGGUAAUUCUUGUAGACCAAAGAUAAAAGACUAGUUAGGAUAGGGUUUCUAUAUUUUUUUUUCUCGAGGUAACAGGCCUUUGGAUUUAGUGUAUAUGACUCCUGAAUUUCAUUUUCCCUGGCAAUCCAUUGGUUGUACAUAUUAUUGCUGGUAGUCUUUCUGAGUAGUAGUUCAUUGUUGAAUGUUAGAUUGGGAUUUAGAUUGUAAGUUGAACACAACAGCCUCUCUUCAAUC